AUAACAAGUCAUAUGAAUGAGAUCAGUGGAGUAGUCGAGAAGUUUUCUGGGGUCUACUGAUUCUGCUUCUCCGCCAUUUUCACAAUGGAAGAAAAACCCGCCAAAUGACAGCUCUUUUCAAAUUUUAGUUCAAAAGAAAAGAAAAGAAAAUGCAGAGUCUUUCAAUGCAUCAAAUGUUUUAAAUUGGAGGCAAAUUGAUAAGUUAAAGCAAAGCUCGAUGGAGAGUUCUCUAUCGAAGUCUAGAACUUUCAGUGUAAGAAUCGUAUCAAUUGAUUACUACAUGGCACCUCCAAUCCCUAACAUCGAUAUUUGUUACAGUAGCUUUCAAGGUGGGAAGGUGAAUGAGGUUCCUGUUUUAAGGAUAUAUGGCUCAACGCCUGCUGGUCAAAAGACUUGCUUGCAUGUUCAUAGGGCUUUUCCCUAUUUAUAUGUCCCAUGUUCAGAUAUAUCACUUCAUCCAGAUCAACAAGGUGAUUCAUACACAAAUGCAAUCUCUCUUGCCCUUGAAAAAGCUUUGAAGCUUAAAGGUAAUGCUGGUUCAAGAAGACAGCAUGUUCACGGCUGCAGUCUUGUACGAGCAAGGAAAUUUUAUGGUUACCAUUCAUCAGAAGAGCUCUUUUUCAAGAUAUACCUCUAUUAUCCACAUGAUGUCUCUCGUGCUGCCAAUCUUCUUCUGGGAGGAGCAAUUCUUGAUAAAAGUUUGCAGCCUCAUGAAGCUCAUAUUCCUUUCAUACUCCAGUUUCUGAUUGACUACAACUUGUAUGGAAUGAGUCAUGUUCAUUUAUCAAAGAUUAAGUUCCGUCAUCCAGUACCUGUUGUUUGUACGCCAAGAAAAUUUAAUUGCAAUCAUCAACAUGGACCAGUGAAGGAAAGUCUAACAUGCUUGUCUGCUGAACUUGAGGCAGGUUUGAGUGCUGGUGAGUCUUUAGGUUAUCCAGUUUGGAUAUCUUCUACUAUUCCAAGUGAUUGGAUGUGGCAUUUCUCCAAUGAAUUGGAGGUUUCCUCAGAUCAAGGCAUCUACCACAUUAAACGUCAAAGUAUUUGUGAACUUGAGGGAGAUGCUACUGUUGAUGAGAUUCUUAACCAGCAAUUUAAAACAUAUACAUCCCUCUCACAAACUUCUUCAGAUGUGAAAAUGGUGCAAUCACUUAUACCCAUUUGGGAGGAAGAGUAUGAGAGAACGGGGGUGUAUGAGGCAGCUAUACCACCAGAUCCUGGAAAACCACUUGCUGAGGAUGUUUUGAAAACUCUGUUACAUGAUCUUGAGUUUGAAAGAACACUUGCAGAGUUGUGUAGUGAAUCUGAAGAAAACUUAUCUUUGGUUGGGAAUAAUGUAAAAUCUCAGCCUGAAUUGACAUCUUCGACUGAUGAAGAAAUCUUAGUUGAAGACAGAAAUAUCAAUUAUAAUAACGCAGAAGUGCUUUUGAAGUGUUCUACAGAAAGAGACAUUAUUGGAGCUUCAUCACUACCGCAAUCUCUAGGUGAAGAGGGGGUCGACACAACUGCAGGAAGGAAGGAUGCAUGUCAAGAAAUGUCGUUUGCCAAUGACGUAGUAUCCUCUGGGACAAUUGGAACAUUGGAUCCAAAGGCUGCAGAUAAGGAAGCUCUGGGUCUUCUAAGGUGGCUUGCCACUUCUCAGGCAGCUGAAGACAUAAACUCUGAUGAUGAACUUGUUCGUGAGACCAUUCUGAGUCCACUGUUGCAAGCAACAAUUGAAAAAGUUCUGGAGAAAGCUAAUAUGGAUUAUGAGAGUGAGUCUCAAAAGGAGUGCCAGGACAUUCUUGAUUCAAUUGAGGAUUUGUUCGACUUAGAGGGUUCUAAGGAGAAAGCAUGUCAUUCUAGUGAUCGUAGCAUUCAUAGUCAAAGUUCAUCAGAGACUGCUCAAGGGGAUGCCUUGCUCUCUUCUAUUGCCAAAUCUUCUCGGAAUUCAUCAGGGAUAGAGAUUAAAGAUGAAUCCAAAAGGAAGUUUCGACACCAGGUAUUGCAGACUGCUGGAACAUGCACCACUAAUAAGCGCAAAAGGAAGAAGUUAUUAUGGGGCUCUUUACCCAUCUCGAUGACCGAAAAAGAAAAUGAUGACUCAGAAGCUGGGGGGUCAAACAUAGAUAAAGCACAUGUUUGUGAAGUAAAAAUUUACUGCCGCAGAUCUAUAGAGGGAAAUGAGAGAGAAUAUUCCGAUGAUCUAAUGAAAAAUUCAGGCACAGGUAUAUGUGAAGUAGGUGGCUUAGUUGGAUCCUCUGUGCGGGAUUUGAUGAGAAGAAAGCGAUGCCGCCGAAUUCCUCAGCAGGAUGACAAUCCUGAUGGAGCUAAAAAAGUUUGUUCACGAGGAGAACAUGAACAGGGAAAGGUUCUCUUGCCAGAACAAUUGGAUUUCCUGGCACGGCAUGGUGAUAAACAUGACGGAAAACCUCUUGGGUAUGUGGACCUUAGGUCUUUGGUUAGUGAGAAACAAAUAGAAUUGCCCGAGGCUCAUGAUUUUAAAUCUGUUCAUUCUUGUUCUCACACAUGCAUGGAAGCAGCCAAUGCAUCCAGCAGUGGUGGCCCAUUGCAGGCAAUUUCUCAUCCUUCAUCAGCAGAUACAAAGAAGGAACAAUUAGACUUCCCAUUUAAGUCCAAUAAGCAAGAUUCUACAAUUGUCAUUGGCCAUUGUGAAACUAAUAAUGGUAAAGAGUUUGACUGCAAAGGCGUGAUCUCUGCAGAAGCUAUAACUUGUAGUGACCACAAUUUCAAAUCUGAUUUAUUAUAUGAAAACUUGGGGUAUGAGGAUAUAAAUUUGGCUAAUGAGAGAUUGGUGCAAAAGAAAGCUACUGGUCCAUACAGUUUGUCAGAUUCUAUUAUUGAGCAUGGGAUGUUUUCAAGAGAUGAUUACGAACAUAAAAGUGGCUACGGGAAAAGCACUUUAGUAAAACAGUUAAAUGAAAUUCCCAGUGUAAAUCCUAAGGGCAUCGAUGUGUCAGCUGACACAUCUAUUCUGCAGAAUGAAAACUGCUGUGCUAUAAAACCUGGUGGAGAGUCUGGUUUCUCUGUACAUGACAGCUUCAUAUCCGUGGUUGGUAGUAUAGAGGGAGGACCUGGAAGCUUAAUCAGCAUGACCUUCAGCAGGAAACCACCUAUGGUGAACUGGAAAGAUGGAGCUUCUGAAAAUGCUUCAUUUUCACCUGGUCUAUCUUGUCACUCAUCCCUCGUUAAUAAGGACAACAAGCAUGGAACUUCAGAGAAAGCAUUGGGUGAACUUCUCCCAUUUUUCGAAGGGGACUGUCAAGAGAAGAAAGUAGUUCAGAACAAGGCCCUGCCAAACACCAACUCAAAUGAUCAGCAAGAAGCUAUCAUGGGUGUCCCAACUCACUAUCAAAAUGACGGCUCACUCUUAUACCUUUUGACACCUAUAUAUUCACCCCCAUCUGCAGAUUGUGUGUAUAGAUGGUUAAGAUGUGACAAUGAAGAUACUCAUGGAGAGACUAAUGUGCAGUCAGCAGGGCCUUUGUCCAUUCAAGGCUCUCCCGAGACAGGUUCACAUGAUUCUUCACGUGUUUAUGGUGAUAACAUUUCCAUGGAAUUGCGCUCUGUAUCUAAUGUAAGACUUAUAGAGGAUCAAGUGCAACAAGAAGAACAUCAAAUUAUUAAUUCAGAGUUCCACCCUAAUACUGAUGAGCUUCAAAGACCAUUGCAUCACAAAGAAAAUAAUGCAAAACUAAAUGCAUGUACUGAAUGCUCUAUAGAUUUAUCUCAAAUUUCGGGUCCAAAUGAGAGAUCAAGGCCUACUCCCCUCAGUCAAAUUGGAUUUCGGGAUCCUGCUAGCACUGGUGCUGGGCAACAAUUAACCAUGUUAAGCAUUGAGGUUCAAGCUGAAUCUAGAGGAGAUCUAAGACCAGAUCCUCGGUUUGAUGCUAUCAAUACUGUAGCUCUUGCUUUCCAAAAUGAUAAUGAUUCUACUGUUGAAGUUCAAGUUCUUUUGCAUAGUAACGAAGAAUCUUAUGCGAGGAGUUCUGAUGGCUUAUCUGUAAACAAGGUGCUUUAUUUCUCUGAGGAGGUGCACUUGGUUACCCAUUUUAUAAGGAUUAUAGGUUCAGUUGAUCCAGAUAUUUUAAUGGGUUGGGAUAUUCAAGGCGGUUCUCUUGGUUUUUUGGCCGAGAGGGCUGCACAUCUUGGUAUGGGCUUACUUAAUAACAUUUCUCGGACACCAUUAGAAGCCAACAUAGGGGCUAGAGAAACAGAAAUUUCUGAUAAGGAAAUACUUGCUACUAUGCUGGAUGAAUCAUUAGUUGCAGAGUCUGCUUUGGUAGAGCAAGCAGUAAUUGAAGAUGAAUGGGGCCGAACUCAUGCCAGUGGCGUCCAUGUUGGUGGUAGAAUUGUCCUUAACAUAUGGAGACUGAUACGUAAUGAAGUUAAGCUUAACUUGUAUACAGUUGAAGCUGUUGGUGAAGCUGUUUUAAGGCGAAAAAUUCCAUCAAUACCAUACAGAGUAUUAACAAAAUGGUUUUCUAGUGGUCCUGGAAGAGCAAGAUAUAGAUGUAUUGAGUACAUGGUACAUAGAGCAAAAUUGAACCUUGAGAUAAUGAAUCAACUUGAUAUGAUAAAUAGAACAUCAGAACUCGCUCGCGUAUUUGGCAUCGACUUUUUUUCAGUUCUCUCACGAGGUUCACAGUACCGUGUUGAAUCUAUGCUUCUCAGACUGGCACAUACUCAGAAUUAUCUAGCCAUUUCUCCUGGGAAUCAACAGGUUGCUUCUCAACCUGCAAUGGAGUGCUUACCCUUAGUAAUGGAGCCAGAAUCUGGUUUUUAUGCUGAUCCAGUUGUAGUCUUGGAUUUCCAGUCUCUUUAUCCGUCGAUGAUAAUAGCAUAUAACCUUUGCUUUUGUACAUGUCUUGGAAAUGUUUCAUCUUCAAAGGUGAAUACACUAGGGGUUAGUUCAUUUUCACCAGAUCCACGUGUUCUAGGGGAUUUGAAAGAUGAAAUACUGCUUACUCCAAAUGGUGUUAUGUAUGUGCCUUCAAAGGUUCGUAAAGGCGUACUGCCUCGGUUACUGGAAGAAAUAUUAUCAACAAGAAUAAUGGUCAAACAAGCAAUGAAGAAGUUGGCUCCAACCCAGCAAGUUCUUCACCGGAUAUUUAAUGCAAGACAGCUUGCUUUAAAGCUGAUAGCGAAUGUAACCUAUGGUUAUACAGCUGCUGGAUUUAGUGGUCGCAUGCCUUGUGCAGAGCUUGCUGACAGUAUUGUUCAAUGUGGCCGUAGCACACUGGAAAAAGCUAUUUCUUUGGUAAAUGCAAGUGAUAAGUGGAAUGCUAGAGUUAUAUAUGGUGAUACUGACAGCAUGUUUGUCCUUCUCAAGGGCCGCACUGUCGAAGAAUCAUUUCAAAUUGGGCGCGAGAUAGCUUCUGCUGUAACUGCCAUGAAUCCAGAUCCAGUGACAUUGAAAUUGGAGAAAGUCUAUCAUCCAUGUUUCCUCCUAACUAAGAAACGUUAUGUUGGUUACAGCUAUGAGAGUGCUGAUCAGACUGAACCUGUUUUUGAUGCCAAAGGUAUUGAGACUGUUCGCAGAGAUACUUGUGGUGCCGUUGCCAAAAUGUUGGAGCAGUCACUGAGACUCUUUUUUGAACAUCAGGAUAUCUCUGAGAUUAAAGGAUAUUUGCAGCGGCAAUGGACACGGAUUCUAUCUGGCAGAGUGUCUCUUCAAGAUUUUAUUUUUGCAAAAGAGGUUCGCUUGGGCACUUACAGUACAAGGGCAGCUUCAUCACUCCCACCGGCAGCAAUCUUGGCUACUAAAGCAAUGAAAGUAGAUCCCCGGGCAGAACCACGGUAUGCAGAGAGAGUGCCUUAUGUUGUGAUUCAUGGGGAACCAGGUGCUCGCCUGGUUGAUAUGGUUGUGGAUCCUUUGGACCUUUUGGCUAUCGAUUCUCCUUACAGAUUAAAUGAUAUAUAUUACAUUAGCAAACAGAUAAUUCCAGCAUUGCAGCGGGUAUUUGGACUUCUUGGUGCAGACUUAAACCAGUGGUUUUUAGAGAUGCCUCGCCCAGGCAGGGAUACUUAUGCUAAGCGCCCAUCAUAUGGUUCAAAUCCUCAGCGAACUAGAAUUGAUUAUUACUAUCUUUCAAAACAUUGUGUGCUAUGCGAUGAGUUGGUGAACGCAUCAACACGUCUUUGCAACAAAUGUUCACAGAAGGAAACUGCUGCUGCAACUGCUGUAAUUGGAAGGACCUCUAAAUUGGAGAGGGAGAUGCAACACCUUGCAGCUAUAUGUCGACACUGUGGAGGUGGAGACUGGCUUCUGGAGAGUGGGGUCAAGUGCACUUCACUUGCUUGCUCGGUCUUUUACGAGAGGCGUAAAGUGCAGAAAGAACUACAAGGUCUCUCUCUUAUUGCUGCCGAUAAAGGUUUCUACCCAAAAUGUAUGGUCGAGUGGUUCUGAAUAUGAGCACCUUGUACAUCUCUUAUAUUGUAUGAAUGCAUAAUUUUUUUCAGUUAGAAUUGUCCACCAAGCGGUUACUCUCUUGGGUUUAUAAUUUAAUCAGUAGAGGCUUUUGACCCUCUUGUAUAGCUGUAUAGUUCUGCAUUACUCGUUCAAGGAAGAUGGACUGCUAUUGUAUCCUACUGUAUUUAGAUAGUGAAGUAAUUAUAUCUGUCUGCAUACAUAUAA